GUAGUUCCCCGCCGCCUUCCGUCGUCUGGAGCGGCCGAGGCCCGUGACGCCACACAAGGCCGUCGAGCGCGGCGGGUAGGCCGAGGCGGCGGAGAGCGGUUCUUCAGUCGGCUGUUUUUCCUCUCGCUCGCUCCCUCCCGGCCGGGGACUGGGAACAUGGCCGGGUGCAGCACUUGCGCCGCCGUCGCGGCGCGACUCGUCAGCUCAUCGCUGCCAUCGGCGUGCCGAGGACAGAUCUAUGCCUAUCUACCCAGAAGAAUUCCAUGUGGCCGUUCCUGCUUCUCUGCUUUAGGAAUAAUUGGGACUUGUGAAACUCAGCCUCUAAGAAUUGUUCCUUUUAGAACUUUUUCUGAAACACCAGCAUACUUUGCUUCUAAAGAUGGUGCAAGUAAAGAUGGUUCGGGAGAUGGCAGUAAGAAAACUGCUGGGGAAGGCAGUGGUAAAAAGUCAAGUUCCGGAAACUCAGGAAAAGGUGGAGGCCAGCUGCGAUGCCCAAAAUGCGGUGAUUUAUGCACACACGUGGAGACUUUUGUCUCUUCCACCCGCUUUGUGAAAUGUGAAAAAUGCCACCAUUUCUUCGUUGUGUUGUCAGAAGCCGACUCCAAGAAAAGCAUCCUUAAAGAGCCAGAGACAGCGGCAGAAGCUGUAAAAUUGGCCUUCCAACAGAAGCCACCACCUCCACCCAAGAAGAUUUAUAACUACCUCGACAAGUACGUUGUUGGUCAGUGUUUCGCAAAGAAGGUGCUUUCGGUUGCCGUGUACAAUCACUACAAGAGAAUCUACAACAAUAUCCCUGCUAAUCUGAGGCAACAAGCCGAAGUUGAAAAACAGGCUUCUCUGACUCCAAGAGAAUUAGAGAUAAGAAGACGGGAGGAUGAGUACAGAUUUACAAAACUUCUCCAGAUUGCUGGCAUUAGUCCGCACGGCAACGCUUUAGGGGCAUCCAUGCAGCAGCAGGUGAAUCAACAGAUGCCUCCAGAAAAACGAGGAGGCGAAGUAUUAGAUUCUGCCCAUGAUGACAUCAAGCUCGAAAAAAGCAAUAUUCUGCUGCUUGGACCAACUGGCUCAGGUAAAACUCUGCUGGCCCAGACUUUGGCCAAGUGCCUGGAUGUUCCUUUUGCAAUCUGUGAUUGUACCACUUUGACUCAAGCUGGUUAUGUUGGAGAAGAUAUUGAGUCUGUCAUUGCAAAGCUGCUGCAGGACGCAAAUUACAACGUAGAAAAGGCUCAACAAGGCAUUGUUUUCCUGGAUGAAGUGGAUAAGAUUGGCAGCGUUCCAGGCAUUCACCAGUUACGGGAUGUGGGAGGAGAAGGAGUUCAACAAGGGUUGUUAAAAUUACUGGAAGGCACCAUUGUGAAUGUCCCAGAGAAGAAUUCCCGCAAAUUACGCGGUGAAACAGUGCAGGUUGAUACAACCAACAUCCUCUUUGUUGCUUCUGGUGCAUUUAAUGGUCUGGAUAGAAUCAUCAGCCGGAGGAAAAAUGAAAAGGGACGCUUACCGGUGGUCGUUCCCCUGCACAGCCUGGAUGAGAAAACUCUUGUGCGGAUACUUACAGAGCCCCGGAAUGCAGUCAUUCCCCAGUACCAGGCGUUAUUCAGCAUGGACAAGUGUGAAUUAAACGUCACAGAGGAUGCUUUAAAAGCAAUAGCCAGAUUGGCUCUGGACCGCAAGACGGGAGCUAGAGGCCUUAGAUCUAUCAUGGAAAAGUUACUGCUGGAACCAAUGUUUGAAGUACCCAACUCUGACAUAGUAUGUGUGGAAGUGGACAAAGAAGUUGUGGAAGGAAAAAAAGAACCAGGAUACGUCAGGACUCCAACGAAAGAUUCCUCGGAGGAAGAAUAUGACUCGGGAGUAGAAGAAGAAAGUUGGGCCCGCCAAGCAGAUGCCGCAAACCAUUAAACAGUCAGAAUGUUCCUCAGCAAAAGCACCCGGUGUGUCUGUCUUUGUUUGAGACCAUACAUGGCCCUGCAGGCUGUUGCUAACAUUGGAUUCCUCCUGACUAUAGGACCCAUGGUUGAAAACUUUGGCCUCUCUCUAAUGGGAAACCAGAUCAUGAGUUUCUGUAACAUCACAUUGGGUCUGUUCAGUGGACACGUGGACUAAAAAUGAUAUAAUGUUGAGAAAGUGAACUGUAUAUUAAGUUUUGUUCAAUUAAAAAAAACCCCACAAAAAUGUGCUUUUUAAACUGGCUGAAGAGGGAUGGUAACGCAAACACAUUUUCCCCUUUACCCCCACUCCUCCCUAAGUGCUCCCUAACUCCACUCCCAAUUAGAACCCUGUUGAGCUCAGGACCUUCACAUAUACACGAAAUAUCUUAGGAAGCCUGCAGUCUUUCCUAAAACUAAGAAUAAUCCAGCAAUUCCCCUCUGAGGUUAAACAACACGUUCGCAAACAACUAUAGUUGCUACAAACAAAAAAACACUGAUCUUGUGGUUUGUCACCAUCAUAAAAAAAAAAAAAGAUUUGAAUGGUCAUUGGGCAAAGGCAAAUUUCCCAAGUCCUGCUUUAUUUUGCUCAGUCUUAAGUUAAAAUGCAGUGCUGAUACCAGCAAUAUUUAGAUAUUAUUUGCAAUGAAACUGGAAAAUGGGCAAGUUAUUUUAUAUAUGAAUACACGAUUUUGGUUAUCUUGGUUUGAGGAUCAUUCAGUAUGGGUUAAUAGCUCUCCUUUAAAUGCAGUGGGAGCUGGAGUUUCUUGUUAUGUUUAUUUUGGAGACCACCAUUAAAAAUGGGAUAUUGAAGCUUAAAAGGCUGUAUUUUCACCCACAAAUUUAUUGUCAUGCAUCCAGGUUGCUCUAAACAGACUGUACAAAGGCCAUAUUUUAGAUUAUUGCAGUCUGUUUCCCUAAAAACAUAAUGCAAUGCAUUAAAUAAUUAUGUGUAAUACCAAAGGUUUUUAAUAUUUAAAAAUAUAUGUCACUUAGGGGAAAAAUAGAUGUGUUAUAAGAACAGGUGAAUUAAAGGAGGGGCUGCACCCUUUAUGAGGAGAAUAAUGAUUUAGAAACAGUCCAAUACAACAUUGAAAAUGUUACGCCAAUUUUUUUUAAUAUUGUAGAUUAAUUGAACCUACUGAAACCAUCAAGCAUCAGUUUUUUGGUGCCAGAUAUUUUCCCCAGAUUACCUUAUACCACAAAAGGACACCAGAACAUAACAAAAUUGUAUAUUUUUCAAUAUUAUCAGUAGGCACUGUUUGCACAAAAUUCUUAUUUAAAUUAUAAGCUCAAAUGCUGAUACGGCAUCCUGUUACUUUUAAAUCUCUUUUGUUUUUCAGUUAACUCGAUCCUUCAGUAUCUGUAAAAACACGGAAAAAGGAUCGCUAAUGUUCUUGAUUCAUUUCUGAAAAUUAAAGUCUCUACCUGCAAA